AUGCUCAAACCAACUCGAAAUCUUAAAACGUCUCUACAGCUAAACCGAGGUCACAUGCUCAUUUCUAGCUUUGUUGGAUGUAAAUUCCAUGUCGAUUUCAAAGUCAAUGCUAAGCUCGCCAUGAGAAGAAACAAGACCAAGCAAUCACAAAAUGUUCAAUACAAACCUGAGACAACAACACACUACAGCCGGAAAGCAACAGUAUCGUAA